AUGAACAGGAGGAAGAAAGAUUUCGGGAUAGGAUACAAUGAAAGCGAAUUCUACGAUGGGAAGAUGAAAAAGUCAAUGUCGUCGGCAUCUAUAACAUCAUCGGUGAAAGAGGAUAUGGAACCUGUGCAGUGUAGGUGCGGACUUACAAGCCCAAUUAUAACAUCCACUACUAUAAAAAAUCCUGGGAGGCGAUUCUAUGGGUGUGCUAUGUAUGACCGUAAAAAGAAAGUUGGCCAAUGUCGUUUUUUCCAAUGGUAUGACGAAGAAACUUGUGCUCGCGGAAGGGAGGUCCUACCUGCGUUGUAUAAACAAGUUCAUUCCCUGAAAUGUGAAGUGUCAUUACUUAGGGGACAACUAAAGAUCCAAACAUAUUUGUUGGUUUUUUUGUUGGUGAUUUGUGUACUGUUGAUUUGUCUAAGGUUGAUGGGGCAUUGAGGCAUGAGAA